AUGGGUCUGGUUGAUAAUGAUUUAGAUGAAUCAUUAUUCUCUGAAAUAUUACCAAUUGUAAGCUGUUUGGAUCCAAAUGUACCUUUCAAGAAUUCACAGCUACAUAGUCAUUUUGGAUAUAAAAAAGUCCAAGUACAAGAAGAUAUAGCUUUUACACCAGUUAACUAUUCAAGUACAUUACCAGGAGAGUCUACACCUAACUUAUCAUUUCAAUUACUAGGACCAGCAGGUUCUAGAGGACAAUAUUACUUUAUCGAAGAACAGUAUGAAGAGUCUCCAACUGAAAAGGAAAAUUUAGAAGCAUAUAAAACAGAAUGUUGGACCAAAGGGAUUAGUUUAAUAGUACCCGAAGAUGUUAAUAAGGAUUCAUAUAGUGACUAUGAUGAUUCUGAACCAUUUGGAGACUAUUUUUCCAAAAAAUAUAGUAUUGAUAAAGUAAUUAACCAAACUAAAAGAGCUUAUAAAGCUGAUUGUCUUGUUGUAAUGAUUGAUUCAUUUGUUAUUUUGGAACCUAACAUUCUAGUAAUACUCACUGACCAAUGUGAUAAAAUAACAGGAAUUGUAUAUAGAGAAGAUAUAGAUUCAUAUGUUAAUGAAAUGAUGCCAGGAUGUGUAAUGAUAUUAGUAGGGGUAACUGUAUACACACCAAUAGGAUGUGAAACACAUGUUAUCAUUUCCAAAGAAAAUGUUAAAAAAAUUAUCAAAAAUGUUCCAAUGCCUUUGAUACAUUUAUAUAAAAAAUCUUCUAACAAAUAA